AUGGCUUCCAAACCAAGAGAAUACAACAUCCCAGCACACCCCAAUCGGGAUUUCUGGUCAUCACUAUGGCCGACAUCCUCCUCUCCUCCCGCGAAAGCCACGACAGUCGAGCCAACGCCGACCUAUAGCGUCCCCAAGGGUUCUCGUCGUGCAAAGACGCCCGUCAUAUCCGAAGAGCCAUCGAAAUCAAAAAAAUCAAAACCUACAAGGACAAAGUCAAAGUCAAAGUCAAAGAAAAGCUCAACAUCAAAGGGUCCAGGGUCAUGGUCGGAAUGGUACCUCAGCGAGGACAACGAGUACUUUUGGCGUGCGAGAAAACUUCCAAAUGAUCAAUGGGACUACGAAAAACAACCCAAACCAGAACCACCUCAACCCGAGUUCCAACCCCUCCCACAUCCUCACCUGGUGCCAAUAACCCAGCAAACUCAAUCAAAAAUAUCACCAGAACCCGAAAUCAAACCACUCCCUCACCCUCACCUAGAAACAAUAUCCCAACAAACCCAACCCACCACCAUCACCCCCCAACCAGACCCCCAACCCCUCCCACACCCCCACAUGCAACCAAUAUCCCAACCCAGCUCCCCCAAGAUAACAAUAGAAGACGCAACCCCCUUAUCCACUUCUUCCUCUUCAUCCCCCUCCCCAUCGCGAACCCCCUCUCCCCAAUCCAACACCCACCUCAAACCCCCCCCCUCCCCCGCCCUCAAAUCCCACCGCUCCGGCCGAUCAGCCCUCACAAACCCCAAAUCCUCCUAUCCCACCAUCAUCACAAAGUCCACAGGCCGCCCAACAGAAGCAAUCACCACUUCCAACCCCAGCCCUCGAACCUCCGGCCUCGCCCUCACAAGAAUAGAAUCCAUCUCCCCCAUCCGGAAACCUUCCCCUUUAUCCAAACCCCCCAGGACAGCCUCCCAGCAACAACCAGCACCCAAACCCCCAAAAGUCGUCAACCCCCCUGCUAAAAAAUCUUCGUCGCCAAAAAGGCCGAUCGGGCCGGUAAUGUGGCUUUUUACCGAGGGUAGGUCAAGAAAGGGGAAGUCAUUAGCCUCGCCGCCGCCACCCGCGGGAGGGGGGAAGGAAGGAGGGGAUGGGGGGGUGGUCAUCACCAAGAACAAGGGCACUGGCGUCUCGAAUAGUGAGCUGGCAAAAAAGAAGAAGAUGCUGGAUAGGAAGAUUAGAGAGGGGAAGGUGGUGGAUACAAAGGUUGAUAGUAAAAAGAGGAUAAGGGCUUGGUUGGGCGGGGUGGAGGGGGAGGAGGAGCUGAUUCCUUUGGAUGGGGAGGGGUUUCCUGUUUAUCGGUAG